AUGCGGGAGAAGGCGGCCCAUCGCCGGGGCCAGUUGCUGCAGCCCCAAACUGAGCCGUUUUUGGUCGCGGAGACACAGGUCGGCCCUUCCACUGCGGAAGCCACAGCACCAUCGACACAGGGCCCUUCCCUUGAGCCAGCCACAGCACCAGCACCAGCCACGGGCCCUUGCCACGUUGAGGUAAAGGCCCCUCCACCACAACCGCCCCAGACUGAGGCUCCAUCAACUGAGGCUGCGGCAGCUGCCACGACUGCGGCUGCUCCGACAACGGCGGCCCCUCCGACAGUGACCUCUGACCCCACGGCCGUUGCGCAGCAGACCCCUCAGGAGGAGGUCCCUCAAGACGGAGAUUGGAACAGUGGAGGAUGGUCCUGGUGGCAGGGCUGGUCGUGGCAGCAGGAUGCUCAGUGUGAAGGUCCUUCUGAGACAACGAGCCCUGUUUUAGCCAACGGCAUCGUCUUCGAGCUCGCCGGGUUCGUCGGAAGUGAUCAGGCUGUCAAUGAGUUUUGGUUCCUGGCCAGCCACAACAACGUGGCAACAUAA